CCGUCCCGGAAGUGGACCUUGGAGGAAGAGAGUGCUGGGGUUCCUGGGGAGGAUAGGUUUUCGGCAUUCUAGGUGAGGAUUCGCAGAAGUGUUGUGGCAGGUGUUGACAGGAGGGACUCAGAGGUUUUAGUCACUUCACCAGAAGGAGCCCAACCUGUUUGUGGUGGGGCAGAAAGUGGCCUCGGGUCUUCUGGUAGGAGCCCAUCAGAACGCCGGUCUGUGUCCUUUUUCCGUAGCGACUUUAAGGACGUGGCGACUUUAGGGAUGAGCUGAUGCUUUAGUGGCUUGUUAUGGCCCAGCGGGCAGUGUGGCUCAUAAGCCACGAGCCGGGAACUCCUCUUUGUGGCACCGUCAGAUUCUCCAGACGGUAUCCAACUGUUGAAAAACGAGCCAGAGUCUUCAACGGAACAAGUUAUGUGCCUAUUCCUGAAGAUGGUCCCUUUCUUAAAGCACUGCUUUUUGAACUUAGAUUAUUGGAUGAUGAUAAGGACUUCGUAGAAAGUCGUGAUAGCUGUUCACACAUCAAUAAAACAUCUGUCUAUGGACUCGUAGUAGGAGGUGGAGAACUCUGGCCAGUUGUUGCUUUUCUGAAGAAUAACAUGAUAUAUGCUUGUGUUCCACUAGUUGAACAAACUUUAUCCCCUCAUCCACCAUUAAUUAGCAUUAGUGGAAUUUCACAAAGCUUUGAACUUCUUUUUGGGAUACAGGAUUUUCUUUUCUUGGGUCAAAGAAAUGACACUGAGUUAAAUACAAAAUUGAACCAACUGCCUGAUUUGUUUCUACAAGCUUGUCCGUUUGGAACUUUGUUAGACGCCAACUUACAGAAUUCAUUGGACGGUAUUAAUUUUGCUUCCGUGACACAUCCACAAAAACAGCCAGCCUGGAGAGUUGGAACAUACAAAGGAAAACCACAAGUUUCUAUUUCUAUCACUGAAAAGGUAAAAUCCAUGCAAUAUGAUAAACAGGAUAUAGCAGAUACAUGGCAAGUUGUUGGAGCUGUCACUUGCAAGUGUGAUUUAGAAGGAAACAUGCCAAAUGUUACCAUCAGCUUGAGUCUCCCCACCAAUGGGUCUCCACUUCAAGAUAUUCUCGUUCAUCCUUGUGUGACUUCUCUUGACUCUGCCAUUCUGACUUCUAGUAGCAUUGAUACAAUGGAUGAUUCUGCAUUUAGUGGACCUUACAAAUUUCCAUUCACUCCUCCUUUAGAGUCAUUCAACUUGUGCUACUAUACUUCACAGGUCCCAGUCCCACCAAUUUUGGGUUUUUAUCAAAUGAAAGAGGAAGAAAUACAAGUAAAAAUAACAGUUAACUUAAAACUUCAUGAAAGUGUGAAAAAUAAUUUUGAAUUCUGUGAAGCUCAUAUACCUUUUUAUAAUAGAGGUCCAAUCACACAUGUGGAAUGCAAAGUUAGUUUUGGCCAACUUGAAGUAUUUCGAGAGAAAAGCUUAUUAGUCUGGAUUAUUGGACAGAAGUUCCCCAAAUCAAUGGAAAUUAGUCUUUCUGGAACUGUAACUUUUGGAGCCAAGAGUCAGGAGAAGCAGCCAUUUGAUGAGAUUUGCAUUGGAGGUACAGCAUAUUUAAAGCUUCACUUUAGGAUCUUAGAUUAUACACUCACUGGUUGUUAUGCGGAUCAGCAUUCAGUUCAAGUUUUUGCAUCAGGAAAACCAAAAAUAAGUACACACCGGAAACUAAUUUCUUCUGACUAUUAUAUCUGGAAUUCUAAAGCCCCUGCACCAGUAACAUAUGGAUCAUUAUUACUGUAAUUAUUUCAUAUUUAAAUAGGAUUUUUAUAAUGGUAACAUAACUUCAAUUAAAUCAUUAGUUUUUUAUUUUUAAUGUAUGUGCAUAUAACCUGUGAGAGAAAAAGAGUCAUUGGUUUAAUUAUAAAAUGCUCUUAUUUAAUAUUUUUAGCCUGAUAUAGUUGAAAGAACAUUUUAAAGACUAAUGUUGUCAAUUUUGUUACCCUUUUGAUUUUACCCGAAUAUGAUUCAAAGCAUAAAAUAGUAGUGAUUCAUGUUAGGUUUAUUUUAAACUAGUGCUGGAUCACCCUACCAUAUAUACUUUCCUGUUCCUGUGGCAGGCAUGGCUAAUCAUUUGUAGCCUUCUUUCUCCAUUGUGCCUUCCUGAAUAUGGGCUCAGGCUCCUUCUCAUUGCAGAGCUGCAAACAGCCACUCCUGAUGGAUUGUAGAUAAAAAGAUGGAUGUGAAAGAUAAAAAAUCCCACUCUUUCAAAACCUGAGUAGUAAGCUUCUUAUACAGUGUAUUGUUAUGGAAUACCAGAAACGACUGUAAAUCUCUUGGGGAAAAAAAAAUAACCAGUCAAUGAAAACAAAGGGAUAUUGUUUAAAUAGUAACCUAUUCUUAAUCAGAACUAUCUUUCUUACUAAUAAAGAAUCUGAAUAAUUAUAUUUAAGGUGUUUGUUUAUCUCUGUUCUAGAGUUACUUUUCAUAAGUAAUCUUAUUCAUCUGCCACAAUAACAUUUUGCUCAGGAAGUCAGUAAGCAUACUAAGACGAGUGGAGCACCUUCAGAAAAUGAGCAUGGUGUUUUGUGAUCACUUUAUGCCUACAGCCAAAUUUUUUAAAGAUAAACUUAGGUAUAAUACUGUUUUUCAUGUUUAUUAUAUGAAAAUUAUUAAUGAACUCAGGUAAAAAUUCAAAAGUUGUUCUGUGGGUAGAGAGAAUUACUUAAUAUUAUUUCAAUGUUGAGUAGCCUAUUUCCUUUAAAUUUGUCACUCCUGCGUUUUUAUUAGCAUUCUCUUGAUUUCUUCAGGAACCACCUAGUCAUAACUUUUUAUUUGCUGUCUUUACAAAUUAUAUGUCUUGUUCUGUUUUCAAAGCAGUUCUUUGUCAAGUUGAACUUUAAGUGACCAUUCAUGAAAAGAUGAAAUCUCAAGAUCCUCAAAACUUAAUCCAUGUCAAGUUUCUUUUUUAUGGAACAGAAUUAGAAGCAGUAUAAAAAAUAUGCAUUACAGAUUCAUAUUCAGUUAAAUUAGCUCUUGGUUUCUAUUUUUUUAAAUCAGUCUCCUAAGGAAAAGCUUAGAAGAAGCUUCUAACUCCUUGAAGAAGAGCUAUGACAGUUUGAAGGGAGAGUGCAUAUAAAUUUAGGAUUUUAAAUAUGAUUUUUUAAUUAAGGUCAAUCUCACUCAUUAUAAAUUCUCAUUUUCUGCAAGGCAUUAUCAUGGCGGAAUGCUCUGUGUUCAAAAUUAUCCCAAGUAACAAAGAAAGUAGAAUAACUGCCUGACCAGGACUUUAACUUAUUAUUCUGGCUUAAUCAUAGAUAAUCAGUAGUAAAAACUUUCCUUUUGGAAGAAGAAAAAACCCAUUUUGCUUAAGUUAUUUGAUCUCUCUUAAACUGAAGGAAAGCUUAGCGUUUAACUUAUGUUAAUAUUAAUGGAGCCAUUUGGACAUCUUGAUUGUAUAAAUGUUGAGUGAAGUACACUAAGAUAGGCAAGAGGCAUUUAUCUAGUAAGUACACAGAUAUUCAGUAUAAUAAUCCCCUAGGGAAAACUUUCUUUAUAAGCAAUCAGAGAAGCCAGUGAAUCUUUGGUUUGACAUUUCUAGAAGCCUGAGGAAAAUCUAGGGAAUACUGGAAAAGUGUAGGGUGAAGGAGAACCUGAUGCCAUCUGUUGCCAUUCCAUUCUAACAUAACGCUACAGAACUAAAACCAACUCAUGUUUUCAUCCUGUUGAGAUCAGCUGGGCACACUGCAAUGCUUUUGAUUUUGUCUAGAAACCUGUCACUUCAGGAUAAUUUCUGAAGACAAAGUCUGUUUCCCGUUUGGUAGGUGACCUGUUUAAUGUUUUCCCUGUGUCUGGGAACUCCUUAGUGUAAUUAGCGACCUUUGAACUCCACAACUAAUCCUGAGCUAUUUUGUAUUCCUUACUCAUCUUUAAGGCUGGACCUUUCUUUUCUUCAGAGUCCGCUGCCACAAUUAAAGAAGAAACAGCUGCAUUUCAAAGGGAUUCCGAUUCCAGAAGCUUAAUCGUGAUUGACAUGUUCUUAUUCUAAGCUAUAAGACACUCUAAGAGUCCUUUCUUGGGUUAAAACUUCAAUCAUUUUCUAAAAAAUUAUCUCACUAUGGAUUUUAUUCAUUUUCUUUGAUAACUAUUCUUUGCAUUUUUUAACUUGAAAGAUGCUUUGCAUUUGCAGUGAAUAUGAGCAUCUACUUCCAGUAAAAGAUUUGGAUGGUGUCAGACAUAACUCUAGAUGCAAAAUUGCUAAAUUCCCUUUUAGUGCCAAAAUGUGAUUAUGAAAUUUGAUGUCCUAUCAUAAGGGUAAUUAUUCUUCAGGAGACCCAAAAGGUAUAAGAUGUGUUAAAUUUCUGAAAAUACACUCUAAAAAAAGUAGUUGAUGAAUUUUAUAAAACCCUUCUUCAUUUUUUUACUGAACAAUAUUUUUAAAACUUUUUAAAGCCACCAAUACUCUUACGAUGUAAGGUAAUACCCUUAUAGGGAUGGGCACUUUUUAUUUUUCCUUUUUAAAUUAUUGAUUUAAAUGUCAGGUUUGAAUUAAAUAGCCUUAUUAGGAAUUCUUAAGGGAAUUAUUUGUGUAAAAAGUUUUUUUUUGUUCUUUUGAUUAAACAGUCUGUCUCAUAAACUUUUUUUUCCACACCAACUUAGUAUUUCUGAGUUUAAAUUAUUGUGGCUUUUAUACACUGUAUGAUUUAAGGUCUUUCAAAGCACAGUUUUUACACAGUAACAACUAAUAUUUUUCUUUUAUUUUUUACUAUAGUAUUUCACACUGCUUUACAGACAUUCGUAGACUCCUUCCUGUACCACCCCUGUGAGGUAGGUAGGUCAAGUUAUCAUCCAGAGUCUCUGUGGGGACUGCUGCCAUAGCAGAAUGGUUGUUUCUAAGACAAAGGUCAGAAAAGGGAUGUUAAUAAACAGUCCUCAGGUUUAAGGGACUUUUUUAGGAUUACAUCUUAAAUUCCAACAAAUCAGAUUUAGGAGUUACUGAAAGUGAAAUUGAUCCAUCCCUCAUCCAAACUUUGCAAUACUUUCCUGUUCUGACAUCAUUUAGAUAGUUAGCUGUAUUAUCAGAUUAGAAACCAUUGUACGCGGCUGCUGAAAGGAAAAGGAGGCAAAAAGCUAAACAUGGGAUGAAUUCUGAACCUUUUAACCUGGCUGAAGUACGUUGGUCCCUGUUAUGCAAAUACCUUCAAUCCUCUGCUAAGUUCAGUGGAAAUAAUUUUCUUGAAUGACAGGUUUAUUCAGCAAGGAUUCAGUUGGUGAUUAAUCCCCCUUUGAUCUAGGGUAUUUCACUUAACUACCAGUUACCUCGUUCUGACAAAGUGCAACUGAGAUUAGGGAGAUCACUAGAACACUACCAGGGUGUGCGUUUAUUCUCUCUAACCUUUUAAAGCAAGGGCCAAGAAUGCAAUUUAUUUUCAGUAUUUGAAGAUGUAAAGUCCUGUCUGCUAAGUUAGAAAGUCAAUUGAAUACCAAAUGAAGUUUAUUUCUUUACGUAAUAGAACAAACAUUUCUUUUUGCUUCGACUAACAAUGAUUUUAGGAAACAUAGGCUUUGAAGAAAGAAGAAACAAAGACUACAUUCUAAGUAUAUCUUCUAGUUUUGUUUCAUGUAUUAGAGUGUAUACUUAUUGGCCCUGAGAUAAACCAAAAAUCAAAGCAGUGGCUAUAACUUAGGUUGAGAAAAUGCUUCUAUUUUAUUAAACUGCAUGGUUUCUCCCUGCCCUCCCCCCAUUAAAAAAUGUCAUGCUAUGUGGUAAAGAAAUCAAUGGGGAAAACAUAUUGUAAUACACAAUUAUUCAUCUUAAGACUUAGAGUUUCAAAGCUUUAUUUGUUAACUUAGUCCUUCCUUGAGAAAAAGGGGCUUGUUAUAUUGUCACCAUAAGAAUAAUCACAUUCUUUUCCAGAAUGAUGGUUUUUUUCCAUAAAGGUAAGUGAUGCCAUUACAAAAAUAAUCCAGAUUAUUUUAAAUUAUCAAAAUAACUACUUUCUGCUAUAUUGUUUACUAUUUCUUCUGCCUUUUUCUCAUUUGAUUGGCUUCUCUUCUUCCAUCACUUUGAAAUUUAAAAUACUUUAUGGAAUUUUGCACAAUAUAUUAAGAAUAGAAUUUUAAGAUGUGUUUUAUUUUAGGCUUCUUAAAGAAUUAGCUUUUUAAAACUAUUAGCAACAUCAGUGUCAAUAUUCAUCUUCCAAGAUACCAAAUUUGGAGAUUUAUUCCUUUAAGUAUAUUUCAAGUUUGACUCUUUAAAAAAGAAACACGAUAAUUUGUAACAAAAAUAGUUUUAAAACAUUAAAUUAUUAUUGAUUAAUUUUAUUACAGACAAGGCAUUUUUUAAAUGCUUUAUCAUUGUUCAUUAUUCUAGUAGGACUUUAGAAUACAAGUUACAUGUUUAAAUAACUUUCCCUACACAUUUUUUUUUGUCUCAAACAUUCUGUGAUCCAAUUUCUGAAUUGAAACAAUGACUUGUACACAUCUAAUUCAUGUUGGUGCCAAGCCAGUCUCUCUAGUUCCAAAUUAGUAACCAAUUUGUUUCUAAAUAUCUUCUGAUAACAAGUUACCUAACCAAAGCAAAAUUGACCUUCUCACUUCGGCAGCACAUAUACCAAAGCAAAAUUGAGAAGCAGAAAAAGAUAGAAGGGCAGGAUCCCUGGCUAUAUUGCUAAGAAACUAGUAUGUUUAAUAAUUAACUACUCUAUGCCAUCAAUAUUUAGUUGAUAAAUGUUGCAGUAUAUUUUGAAAUAUGCCAUCAGAGGCUCUAGAUGAAAUAUAUGUAUACACAUAUGUGUAUUUGUGUAAUAUAUGUUACUGUAUCUGACUUGGUGGGUUUCCCUAUGAAAUGUUUGUGUUCAUGUCAAAGGAAGAGUAUUUAAAGUCAAGUAUCUUCUCUCCAAACAUGUUAACAGUAAUGGAGAGGCUCAAUAAAAUGAAAAUUAACGGAGAGCUCGUGCAAUUACUCUGAAAAAUUACUCUUAGGAGCUAAAGCCUAAAUGUUUCAACCAGCUUCUAAUGUUUUUCAUCAGCUGUUUUAUGGAGAUGAUAAUGUUAUUGUGUAUGUAUAGCCUGGAGCAGUCAAUGCCUUAUCUGUAUUACUAGUUUACUGUGAGGUCCACAUUGCUUUCUUUAGGCCCUGACUAAUCUGUGUAAUUGUCAGCAGUGUGGUGCUAAUGUAUGGUGCAUAACAUUUAUGGAUUGACAGGUACCCUGGGAUGGAAACCACCUACUGAACUGUUUUUUCCAGUAAGACGUGGAAAUUUGCAUGUCUUAAUAAUCCAUUAAACAUUUGAAGUCAAACUGUAUUUUUCUCCUUUUUAAAUGUCUUCUUUUUAAAUGAUAGUAUCUGUAAAAUAAUAUUGUUUAGUUAAUAUGCUACUAUUAAUAAAAAUGAAAAAUGAA